AUGCCUCAACUUCAUACAUUCAUAUUUUAUAUUAGUACGGAAACAGUCGUUUGUGAUUUAAUUCAUCUUAAAUCUAAUGAUGAUAUGCAAAAACCAUUUAUAAAUACAAAAUAUGGACAAAUGGCUUAUAUUACAGAAUCUUUCUAUAUGUUUGAUAAUAUGUGUCAUAUUUAUUCGCUUCCAUUCGCAUUUACUCAUCUACGAAGGAUAUGCAAUAAAUUUCCGAAUAUUGUAUUUGACAAUGUAACUCACUUGGUUGCUUACGAUAUCACUCCAAUGAAACAUGAAUUCUUCAUGCGAAUUAGUCAAGAUUUUCCAAUAUUGAAGUGUUUAUCUAUACAAAAUCGGAUGUACCAGUCAUCGAAUCGUGAUAAAUUUAUAUGUGAUAACUAUGCAGCAUAUUCAAUUAUCGAAUAUCCUCAUCUUAUAUCACUUGACUUCAUGUGUGCGCAUAUGGAUUAUGUUUUGCAAUUUCUAUUAGAAACACAGACACAUCUACCUCAUCUAACUGAGUUAAACGUCAAAUAUAGACAUUUGACAGCUGUAACAAUGAAAUUUACAAGAGAUGGAACACGGCGCAAUUGUUCAAAAGUUAAAAGAUUAAUUUUUGAAAAACCAGCACGUUUUUUAGAAGAUAUUUAUCAGUAUUUUUCUUCAUUGUAA